AUGCCCUUUUUUUAUGUUGCACUUGGGGUCAAGAUGGGGCUGAUGCUAUUGAGCCAGGAUCUGGAAAUUUUGCUCAUGCCGACGCGUAUGCGGCGGAAGACUUUCGAUUGGCCUUCGGCCCCUUGGAAAGGAAGCAAGCUGACUUUCACCAGUCCCAUUGGAGCUGGAGAUACAUUCAUUGCAGGAAUGCUUUACGCUUUGAACUGCAAAAAUGAAGAAUGGGAUCUUGCGAAAAAGCUAAGCUUCGCUAAUCAAAUUGCAGGUCGGAAGGUGGCUCAGGAGGGCUUCUCCGGCCUAGGUCGGGCAUUGGAAAAUUUUUCCUAG